AUGGCGCCACGAAAACCAGCACCAGCCUACGUCUUGGGCGUAGGCAUGACCAAGUUCAUCAAGCCCCGCGGGAAAGUCGACUACACCGAGCUCGGCUUCGAGGCUGGCAUCAAGGCCAUGCUCGACGCCAGAUCUCAUACGACGAUGUUGAUCAGGCGGGUCUUCUAUCAAUUCGGCAUGACACAAAUCCCCAUCUAUAAUGUCAACAACAACUGCUCGACCGGCAGCACCGGUCUUAACAUGGCCCGACAGGCCAUCGCGUACGGCUCCGCUGACUGCGUCCUCGUGGUCGGCUUCGAGAAGAUGAACCCCGGAUCCCUACAAGCUUACUUCAACGACCGAGCAAAUCCCACAGGCACUACCAACGUCAUGCUGAAGGAGACUCGAGGUGUCACCAAUGCUCCCGGCGCUGCCCAGCUGUUCGGAAACGCUGGCCGGGAAUACAUGGAAAAGUAUGGUGCAAAAGCAGAGGACUUUGCUGAGAUCGCACGAGUCAACCACGAGCACUCAAAACGCAAUCCAUACUCACAGUUCACUGAUGAGUAUUCCUUGGACCAGGUGCUCAAUUCCACAAUGAUUCAUGCGCCUUUGACGAAGCUUCAGUGCUGCCCAACAUCUGAUGGAGGAGCCGCCGUGGUGGUUGUUUCACAAGAAUUCUUGGAUGCUAGACCACAUCUCAAGGAACAAGCUAUCCUUAUUGCCGGACAACAGAUGGCUACAGAUUCUCCAGACCUGUUCUCGCGCAGCGCUAUCGACCUGGUAGGCUUUGAGAUGAGCAAAUAUGCCGGAAAGCAGGCUUUGAAAGAAGCCGGCAUCACGCCUGCAGAUGUGUCCGUCGUUGAGCUUCACGACUGCUUCUCUGCUAACGAGAUGUGUGUGAUUGAUGCUCUUGGCCUAUCUGCCCCGGGCAAAGCCCACGAGUUGGUUCGCGCAGGAGGAAUUACGUAUGGAGGCAAAUAUGUCGUGAACCCGAGUGGCGGGUUGAUCUCUAAGGGCCAUCCGCUUGGUGCCACUGGUCUUGCGCAAUGUGCUGAGUUGACGUGGCAUCUUCGGGGUUGGGCGAACAACCGCAUGGUACAGAACACCAAAUAUUGCUUGCAGCACAAUCUCGGACUUGGUGGCGCUGUUGUCUGCACAGUGUACAAGCGUGCCGACGGCAAGGCUGCUGCCCCUGUUUCCGACGCCGAGGUUGGCAAGAGGAACGGCCUGGGCUACAACCCUGCGACCCAAGCGCGUGGUUUCACCAAUGAGCAGGUCGACAAGACACGGAGUAAGAAGAGCCGCAGUGAGUGGGCUCUGCAGGAUAUCCAGACCAAGGUGCAGGCUCGAUUCUGA